UCUCUCUGCUGGUUCAGACUUCGAGUCCACGACCGUCUCUCUCGCUCUCUCCCUCCCUCCUCGCCUCCUCUCCGCCGAACGGCCUCCCGGUCACCAUCUCGACCGUCGAUUCCCGCCUCCCUCCCUCCGUCGCGUCUCCCGUCGGCGUCGAUCGCGACCAGUCGGGCGCCCUCAUUUCCGGCCUUGGCGGCGGCGGCGGCGAGGACACCGGCUGGACAUGGCGGCGCAACCCGCGUGGCAACCCCAGGAGGAAGGGCUCCGGGAGAUUUGCGCCCUGCUCGAGCAGCACAUCUCCCCGACACCCGACAAGUCCCGCAUCUGGCAGCAGCUCCAGCACUACAGCCAGUUCCCCGAUUUCAAUAACUACCUCGCCUUCAUCUUCGCUCGCGCCGAGAGUAAAUCAGUUGAAAUUCGGCAAGCAGCUGGUCUACUUCUAAAGAAUAACUUGAGAUCUGCUUUCAAAUCAUUGGAUCCUACCUAUCAGCAAUAUAUAAAGACAGAGCUACUGCCUUGUCUGGGAGCAGCCGAUAGACACAUAAGAUCGACAGUUGGAACAAUCAUUAGUGUUGUAGUUCAGCAAGGGAGGAUUUCUGGGUGGCCGGAGUUAUUGCAGGGCCUCGUACAAUGCUUGGACAGUAAUGAUCCGAAUCAUAUGGAAGGUGCCAUGGAUGCUCUGUCAAAGAUAUGUGAAGACAUUCCCCAGGAGCUCGAUGCGGACAUUCCUGGAUUAGGAGAACGCCCUAUUGAUAUAUUUCUACCAAGAUUUUUCCAGUUUUUCCAAUCGCCACAUGCCUCCUUGAGGAAGCUUUCUUUAGGAUCGAUAAAUCAGUUCAUUAUGCUGAUGCCCGCUGCAUUAUAUAGGUCCAUGGAUAAAUUUUUGCAAGGCCUGUUUGUCCUUAGUCACGAUUCUGUUGCAGAAGUCAGAAAGUUGGUUUGUGCAGCUUUUGUCCAGCUCACUGAAAUUCAACCAUCUGUCUUGGAGCCGCAUCUAAGGAACAUAACUGAGUUCAUGUUGCAAGCUAACAAGGACCGUGAUGAUGAGGUGGCCCUUGAAGCUUGCGAAUUUUGGUCCACAUACUGUGAAGCUCAGGUGAACCUUGAACUACUAAGGGAGUUUUUGGAACAUCUACUACCGAUCUUAUUGACAAAUAUGGCCUAUGCAGAUGAUGAUGAGUCACUUAUUGAGGCGGAGGAGGAUGACUCUCUUCCAGAUAGGGAACAGGAUUUGAAACCCCGUUUUCACACAUCAAGGUUUCAUGGAUCGGAUGAAGUGACAGAUGAUGAUGAUGAUAGUUUCAAUGUUUGGAAUUUGAGGAAAUGUAGUGCUGCUAGCCUUGAUGUAAUCUCAAAUGUCUAUGGGGAUGAUAUCCUUCCAGCAUUGAUGCCGUUGAUUCAGGCUAAGCUGUCCUCAUCUGGUGAUGCAAACUGGAAAGAUCGGGAAGCUGCAGUUUUGGCUCUUGGUGCCAUAGCAGAAGGUUGCAUCAGAGGUCUUUACCCUCAUCUGACUGAGAUUGUGGAAUUCCUUGUUCCUUUGUUGGAUGAUAAGUUUCCUCUGAUUCGGAGUAUAACUUGUUGGACACUUUCUCGUUUCAGCAAAUUUAUUGUUGAGGGUAUCGGGAAUCAAAAGGGCCUUGAACAGUUCACUAAAGUACUUAAGGGCCUUCUGCAAAGGAUAUUAGAUACUAACAAGCGUGUCCAGGAAGCUGCUUGUUCAGCUUUUGCCACACUUGAGGAGGAAGCUUCAGAUGUGUUAAUUCCACAUUUGGAAACUAUCCUCCAGCACCUCAUGUGUGCUUUCGGAAGAUACCAGAGACGAAAUCUGCGAAUCGUCUACGAUGCAAUUGGUACUUUAGCUGAUGCAGUUGGAGAAGAACUGAAUAGGCCUGGGUAUCUUGAUAUUUUGAUGCCUCCACUAAUAUCCAAGUGGCAGCAGCUCUCUAACUCAGACAGAGAUCUUUUUCCAUUGCUCGAAUGCUUUACAUCUAUUGCACAGGCGCUUGGCACUGGAUUUUCACAAUUUGCUGAGCCAGUUUUCCAGAGGUGCAUGAUCAUAAUCCAAUCACAACAACUGGCAAAGGUUGAUCCUGUGUCAGCAGGAGCUCAAUAUGAUAAAGAGUUCAUCGUCUGUUCGUUGGACUUGCUAUCAGGGCUCACAGAGGGUCUUGGUAGCAUGAUUGAGAACAUGGUUGCACAAAGCAAUUUGAGAGACCUGCUUCUGCAAUGUUGCAUGGAUGAUACUCCUGAUAUCAGGCAAAGUGCUUUUGCUCUCCUUGGGGACCUUGCAAAAGUGUGUCCAGCAUAUCUGCAUCCACGCUUGUCUGAGCUUGUUACGAUAGCUGCCAAACAAUUGGAGACUAGCCAGCUGAUAGAAUCCAUAUCUGUUGCCAACAAUGCAUGUUGGGCCAUUGGCGAAUUAGCUGUUAAGGUUCGUCAAGAAAUUUCUCCAAUUGUGAUGACUGUCAUCUCAUGUAUUGUGCCAAUCCUUCAACGUGCGGAGAGCCUUAAUAGGUCACUCAUUGAGAAUGGUGCAAUUACUCUUGGGAGGCUUGCUUGGGUCUGUCCAGAGAUAGUAUCGCCGCACAUGGAGCAUUUCAUUCAACAGUGGUGUAUUGCUCUCUCCAUGAUUCGUGAUGACAUUGAGAAAGAAGAUGCUUUCCGUGGUCUCUGUGCUAUUGUUCGGGCCAAUCCAUCUGGGGCCUUGAGUUCACUUGUCUAUGUGUGCAAAUCUAUUGCAAGUUGGAAUGUCAUAAGGAGUCAGGAUCUACAUGAUGAAGUUUGCCAGGUGUUGCAUGGUUAUAAACAGAUGCUAAGAGAUGGAUCGUGGGAGCAAUUCUUAUCCGCACUGGAGCCCUCUGAGAAGGAAAAAUUAGCCAAAUACCAGAUAUAGCAUCUAUUGGGUUACCUGUUACCACAUCUGUGAUGCUGUCUGCUUUGUCAUGUUGGCACUUUCAGUUCUUGCAGUAUGAAGCUGAUAAUUGUUCUGAGGUUGGAGCAGAUCCAUGUCAUUGUAUUGGGGUGUUGGUCAAAUGUGCUGCCUUUCGUUAGAUUUUUUAUUGAGAUUAAGGCAGAUCGAUUGAAGUUUUGAGGGGGAGAUGAGUCUAAAAAGUGCAAUUUUUGUAGCACUUUGUCAUUGCAUUGAAGUGAUGUGUUUGUCCUCCCCCGGACUUCAGGUUCAUUUGUUUAGAGUAGGGACGUCUGUAUUACAUCCCAAAUGGUUUUGUUAUCUUGGGUUUGGGUAGAGUCAUAGGGCUUUCAGUUUUGAAGUUUUUCGAGUCAUUUCGUCGCAGUUUCCUUCUUAUUACUUGAAAUUAAUUUUUGAAGAAAGAUGAGGUCGUCCUUUUACUUGUGUUUCUUCUUUCUCUUUUGAUUUCCUUUUUCUAUUUCUUGGGAUGGGAGAGGUUUGAGUUGGGACUGGGGAGGAGAUUGGUUGUUUCUUGGCUAUCGCAUGUUGCCCAUUAUUCAGGUAUCCAAAGGAUUCAUGUAUUGAAGCUGCAACCAACAAGUUACUUGUAUAAUACAUUGUUUGCACCAUA